UUAUGUUCUUCCUUGCAUUUUCCCUUCUUUGAAUAGGAUGUCCAACCCCCAACCAUUCAACUUUAGGCACAGUUAUUUUGACCGGUGAAAUUAUUUCCACCAAGUCUAUCUCAGUCCCCCACAAUGGAGUCAACGUCUAAUGUCCCAUUGUUCAAUUAAGCAAAAAGCCUCUUUGUUUCGCUCUUUGCUCCACAAAUCUAUGUACCAAGCUCACUGAUCCUUUCUCCAUUACCACACAAAUGGAUCUCUCUCUUUUCCUUACCAUCGUUGCUGCUGCAAUAGGCUUCUUCUUGAUUUUUCGAAAACUCAGAUCCCAUCAAGAAAACAAAGAAUUCUCGUCUCCAUCAUCACCACCAUCUUCUUUGUCUUCGUCUACAUCAUCAACUCCAUCUACUUUAUCUAUUUCAUCAGCUUCUCCAUCUUCUUCCUCUCACGUCUGGUUACACGAUGUCUUUCCGAGCUUCCGCGGGGAAGAUGUCCGCGAUAACUUUCUUAGUCACAUUAAAAAGGAGUUUGAAAGAAAGACAAUCACAUUUUUCAACGAUAACGGGAUCAAGAGAGGAGAAUCCAUCGGUCCCGAACUAAUACAGGGGAUUAGAGGAUCUAAGAUCGCGAUCGUCUUGCUCUCCACCAACUACGCUUCUUCAAAGUGGUGUCUUGAGGAGUUGGUGGAGAUUAUGAAGUGCAGGGAGGAGCUGGGUCAAACUGUGAUUGCUAUUUUCUAUAAAGUUGAUCCAUCUCAUGUAAAGAAGCUGACCGGUGAUUUUGGGAAGGUUUUCAGAAAUACUUGUAAGGGUCAAGCUAAGGAGGACAUUUGGAGAUGGAAACAAGCUUUGGAGAAAGUCGCCACAAUAGCUGGUUACCAUUCAUGCAACUGGGAUAAUGAAGCAUCAAUGGUCGAAGAAAUCGCCAAAGACAUUUCAAAUAAGCUGAUUAGUAUUGUGCCAUCAAGUGAUUUCGAAGGUUUUGUUGGGAUGGAAGCUCAUAUGAAAAAGAUGGAGCCGUUCUUACUCUUAGGCUCCAAGGAAGUGAGGAUAAUAGGGAUUUGGGGUCCAUCUGGAAUUGGUAAGAGCACCAUCGCUAGGGUUCUAUAUAGCAAAUACUCUCAUCACUUCCAACUUAGUGUCUUCAUGGAGAAUAUUAAAAGACGUUGUCUGAGACCUUAUUACGAUGAGUACAGUGCGAAACUGCAAUUACAGGAAGAGUUUCUGUCCCAAAUAAUCAACCAAGAAGAUAUCAAGAUUCAUCAUUUAGGAGUUGUGCAAGACAGGUUAAAAGACAAGAGAGUGCUUGCCGUUCUUGAUGACGUGGACCAUUCGUUGCAAAUAGAUGCCAUGGCUAAAGAAGCUCGGUGGUUUGGUCCUGGAAGUCGAAUAAUCAUUACAACACAAGAUAAAAAGCUUCUAAAUGCACAUGGGAUUAACCAUAUUUACAAGGUGGAGUUUCCACCAGACGAUGAGGCUCUUGAAAUUUUCUGUAUGUAUACUUUUGGUCAAAAAUCCCCAUACGAUGACUUCAAGAAACUUGCUUGGGAAGUUACAAAACUUGCUGGUAACCUCCCUCUGGGACUAAAGGUCAUGGGAUCUUAUUUCAAGGGAAUGCCCAAGGAGGAGUGGGAAGAGGAACUACCAAGGUUAAGAACUAGUCUUGAUGGAGAAAUAGAAAGUAUUUUAAAAUUCAGUUAUGAUGCCUUAUGCGUUGAUAAUCAAGAUUUAUUUCUUCAUUUAGCUUGCUUUUUCAACGGUCAACUAGUUAAGAGAGUGGAAGAUUGCCUGGCAAAGAAUUUCGUGGGUGUGAAAAGUCAUCUCCGUGUUUUAGUUGAGAAAUGUUUCAUAUCCAUUGACACGGGGUUUAUAAGGAUCCAUGGUUUGCUAGCACGUUUGGGUAGAGAAAUUGUUCGUAAACAAUCCAUUCACGACCCUGGGAAGCGUCAGUUUUUGGUUGAUGCUGGAGAUAUAUGCCAAGUACUACGUAAUGAUACACUAGGUAGUCCAAGUGUUAUAGGCAUAAAUUUGAGCCUAUUAAAGUUGGAGGAGGUAAAGAUAAAUAACGGAGCCUUUGAAAGGAUGUCCAACGUCCAGUUCUUAAGGCUCGAGUCUGGACUGUCAAGUCAACCAUGUCAUCACAGCAUAGAUAUGAUGAUACGUCUGCCUUCAAAUCUUAGAGUCUUGCAUUGGGAUUCUUUUCCGAUGACAUGUAUGCCUUCUAAUUUUAAUCCAGAGUUCCUGGUGGAAAUAGUUUUGCGUCAUAGCAGCUUCCUUGAGAAAUUGUGGGAAGGAAAUAAAACGAUUAUAAAUCUCAAAUGGAUGGAUUUGAGUGAUUCCAGAACUCUAAAGGAGCUUCCUGAUCUCUCAACUGCUACAAAUCUCCAAGAAUUGAAUCUUUAUGGUUGCUCAAGUCUAGCGGAGCUCCCCUUUUCUAUUGAAAAUGCUAUCAAUCUUCGAACAUUGCGUCUUAAUUAUUGCUCAAGUUUAGUGGGGAUCCCUUCUUCUGUCUGGAAUCUCGUUAAUCUCCAAAGUUUGUAUCUCGGAUAUUGCUCUAGUCUAGUGAGACUUCCAUCUUCAUCUGGGAAUGCUAUAAUUAAACUCAAAGUAUUGGAUCUUCAUGGAUGUACAAGUCUCAUGGAACUCCCCUCUUCUAUGGAACAUGCCACUGAUCUCGAGGAACUGAAUCUCAACGGAUGCUUACAUCUUGCUAAGCUCCCAUCAUCUCUUGGUAAUCUCAAGAGAUUGUAUCUCGAAGAUUGCUCAAGUUUAGUGGAGCUUCCAUCUUCUGUUAUAAAUUCAUUUAAUCUCAAGGGUUUUACUUUUAGUGGAUGCUCAAAUCUUGUGGAGCUCCCUUUCUAUCUUGGUAAUGCUACUUAUGUCAACGAAAUUGAUUUGAGUGGAUGCUCAAGUCUACGGGAGCUCCCCUCUUCUAUUGGAAAUAUUACUGAUCUCUAUAUGUUGCAUCUCAGUGAAUGCUCACAUCUACUGGAGCUCCCCUCUUCUAUUGGAAAUAUGACUAAUCUCAAGAAGUUGCGUCUCAAUGGAUGCUCAAGUCUUGUGAAACUCCACUCUUCUAUUGGAAAUAUGACUAAUCUCAAGAAGUUGUGUCUCAAUGGAUGCUCAAGUCUUGUGGAACUCCCAUCUUCUAUUGGGGAUAUGGAUAAUCUCAGGAAGUUGUCUCUCAAUGGAUGCUCAAAGCUAAAGGGCCUUCCCAUCAACAUCAACAUCAACAUGAAAUCUCUUGAUAUACUUGAUCUCACUAACUGCUUGUCAUUGAAAAGCUUUCCAGAGAUUUCCACAAACAUCAGAGUUCUAAAGCUCACUGGAACUUCAAUAGAAGAAAUUCCUCCAUCAAUCAUGUCAUGGCCUCGCCUCCGUGAGUUACAUAUGUCAUACUUUGAAAACCUCAAGAAAUCCCGGCAUGCUUUUGACCGCAUCACGGAUCUGCACUUGUGCGAUACAAGAAUACAAGAAAUUGCUCCGUGGGUCAGGGAAAUGUCUUGUCUACGUGAACUUGUAAUCAAGGGAUGCACGAAGCUGGUUUCUCUUCCGCAGCUUCCUGACUCCUUAAAAUUCCUAAUUGCAGACAACUGUGAGUCCCUCGAGACAGUCCAUCGCUCUUUUUACAAGACAAAGUGUAAUGCGCUCAGCUUUAUCAACUGUUUUAAACUGAAUCAAGAAGCAAGAGACCUUAUCAUCAACGCAUCGACAAGAGACUUUGCAAUUUUUCCCGGAGAAACAGUGCCCCCAUAUUUCACUUACCGAGCUACCGGGAGUUCCGUGUCAGUGAAAUGGAAUGAAUUAGUUACACAGUACUUUCCUACAUCCUUGAGAUUUAAAGCUUGCCUCUUGUUGGCUUAUAAGGGUGACGUAGAUGCUGGUGAUUGGUGCUGGCCUGAAAUAUCUUGUUGCAUGAAGGACAAACGGAAAAGUGUUAAAUCUGGUUACGCAGCUUUUGCUUAUUUAUGGCAACGCUCUUCUCCAACUUCAAAGGAGCAUCUGCUCGUAUUCAAAAUUGAAGAAAUCAUAAAUUCCCACGAACUAGUCUUUGAGUUCUCCCACAACAAAAAUUGGGAGAUUUUAGAAUGCGGGCUACGUCCUGUGAAAACCUUGGCUCCCUCAUGUCAAUGGAAGCUGUGAAAAACAAAACACAUUUUCACUAAUAACUUUUUUUUUAAACCGUACUUUGAUGUGCAUCUUUUUAUAAUAUCAGCAAAUAUAUAUCCCCUUCUCAGUU